CUGCCUUUUUGCUGUCCCUUGCCAUAUAUUUACGUCACUUUGAAUUAUGUAUAGACCACCGCCCGGUCAAUUUUCCCCUACACCGCUUGGUGGUGCACAAACGCCUGGAGCUUCACCCAUGGCAGCAUCUUGGCAAAGACCAUCAGCUUCUCCGGCAGGUUCGGAUGCGACGGCUUCUCCAGGAAAGGGUGUUUGGAGAGAACAUCAAACUCCUGAAGGUCGAAAAUAUUGGUUCAACACGAUGACAAGGCAGAGUACGUGGCAAAAACCAGAGGAGCUUAUGACUGCAGAAGAGAAAGCGUUGUUAAGUUGCCCUUGGAAGGAGUAUACCACGCCCGACGGUAAAAAGUACUACAGUAACUCGCAAACAAAGGAAACCGUUUGGGAAAUGCCCGCAGAGUAUAAAGAACACUUGGAGAAAGCACAACAAGCUCAGGAACGAGCCGUGGUUCAGCCACCUCCGCAACCAACACCCCCAGUUCCGUCCAAGCCUGAAGUAGAAAAACCUCGUCAUGUAAGAAAUCAUCCGCCACCAAGCGUGACCCUACUUGCGCAGGAACCUGCUGUGGAGUUCGCUACUAAAGAAGAAGCAGAAAAAGCAUUCAUAAAGAUGCUGAAGGAAACGGGCGUGAAAUCAGACUGGACAUGGGACCAAACCAUGCGAGCAAUCAUCACCAAUCCAAUGUACCGUAGUUUGAAGACAUUGCACGAGAGAAAAGCCGCUUUCAACUCUUAUAUUGACAGAGAAGCCAAACGCGAAAGAGAAUUACGUGAAGAAAAAGAAACAAAACAGCGAGUGACGUUUUUCCACAUGCUCGAGAAUACCAAAGAAAUCAAGCCAUAUUCACGAUAUCGAAGCAUCGCUAGAAUGCUUGCCAACAAUCCUGCAUUUACGCAGGUCAAGUCUGAGAAACAACGACGACUAUACAUUGACGAAUACGUGCACGGGUUACAGCGUCGAGAAAAGGACCGAUUACGUGAAUUACGCAAAAGCAGCAUGGAACGUUUUGCCAAACUAUUGAAAGAUAUGCCUGAAAUCACUUUCUUGACGCCGUGGAAGGAAGCACAAAAACUGUAUAUGGAACGGCCUGAAUUUCAAGAUUCGAAAACAUUUGAAGGCAUGGAUCAAUUGGAUUUCUUAUCUGUCUAUGAGGAACACAAUCGAUCAUUAUGGGAGGCACCCAUGGCAGAGCAGAAUAGAAAGAACUGCGAAUUACGACGAAGAGAUCGCAAAUGCAGAGACCAAUUCAAGGCGUUAUUGCAGGAAUUGCUACAAAAGAAUCUGAUCAAUUCUCAGUCAAUGUGGAAAGAAGUCUAUCCACAUCUGAAGGAUGAUUCUCGAUACCUGGAUUUGCUUGGAUUACCCGAAUCGACGCCUUUGGAUCUUUUUUGGGACUUGCUGGAUGAAUUGGAUGAACAACUGUAUCAGCAUAAGAAAAUCAUUUAUGAUGCACUCAAGCAAGCUGGUUUUGACGUCGACGUGGACACUACCUACGAUGCUUAUCGACAGGUGUUAGCCAACAGUAAAAGGAUCACAGAGUAUAAUGUUACCGAUGAAAAUAUGAAGAUCAUCUUUGAACAUCUACAAAACAAAGCAGCUCAUCGACAAAAAGAAUUACGUCGAAAGCAAGAGAAAAAGAUGCGAAAAAGAAUGGAUGCUUUACGCUACGCUAUGAAGCAUUUAGAAACUGCCAUCAAUGUUGAAGACACAUGGGAAUCUGUACGUCCGCGACUGGAACAGCUGCCCGAAUUUCAGGACAUUGAAGAAGAACAGUAUCGCAUUGAAGCAUUCGACAAGUACAUCAAACGUCUUAAAGAGAAGCAGAACGAGCAAGACGAUGAGGACGAAGAAGGCAUGAUAAAGGAAGAGGAUGAAAUAUACGAUAGACGUCAUCGAUCACGUAGUCGUGGAGGUCAUAGACACAGCAGACACGGUGGACGACGAGAUUCCGAUGUCAGUGACCAUGGAGACAGUGAUGAAGAACGGUCUUUUAGAAAGAGAAGAAAGAAGGAUCUUUUCCGCGAGACCCCUUUGGAUCAGCCCAUCCAUGUGGAUCAAAAUAAUAUCGAAGAAGGUGAAGCAUUAGACGAAUAUGUGAAAGAUCCACGCAGACAAUUGUAACUAUCAAGUACGAAAGUCGAUAAUGUAUUCAAUAAAGAGCAUUAACAAUAACACUGUUCGAUGGAUCGUUUCAAGCCCUUGAGGCGAAUAUGUUGUUGAGGGAUGAAGAGAG